AUGCUUUUAAACGGGUUUUCUCUUGAAGUGUUAGUGGACGAAAUGCCUCUCGCCGAAUAUACUUUACCUGACAGUAUAACAAAUGUAACGAUGACUGGAAAGUCUUACACACUUCAGGAAAACCUUGAUCAACCAUGUUUUAGUGAUUUUAAUACAUAUAUUGUGGCAGAACCUGGAAGAAAGUUCAAGUUAAGAUAUUUCUCAACAAAAGCAACUUCAAAUAAUCCAAUAAUGGCUGAAACGCUUAUUGAUGGACAAUUUGAUAAUACGUAUCGUGGUUUAAAAUCUCGUACAAUUCAAAUCCAAGAUUGUUUUAUGAACGUAACGAGAGAUAAGAAACUCGAGUUUAUGUUUUCUAACUCGAUUUAUAAUGAUUCAUUGAAAACUACUAUAAAGACUCCUAAUUCUCGAGGUGGGGUUGGGAUCAUUUCUAUUUAUUUUUAUAAAAGUCGUUCUGUUUCAAGACGAAAUUCCAUUACAACUACAUCCGAUAUUCAACAAGUAAAGAUGACGGAGAAUAAGAAAUCAUUUGAAAUUGAAUGCACUACUGCUUUUGUACCUCAACAAAGCAUUCGCAAAUAUGUUGGAUAUUAUGAUAUGGUUAAAGCAAGCACUACUCCAAUAGCGGCUCUACACCUUCAUUAUCGACCAGAAUCUUGGUUUGCAAUUCGAAACGUUCAAGUACAAAUUCCGACUCGUUACAGUUUACCAAAUAUAACAUUUAAUAGUGAAAAGGUUGCUAAUCAAAUGAAACUUAACAAAAGUAUCAAGGGUGAAAUCAAAAAUGAACAUGGUCGCGACAAAAUUAAACAAAUUGGUACAGUUAAAAUCGAGAAAGAAAAUAACAAACGUCCAUUUGAUGAAGUGAAUAAAGAGGAGAUUGACGUUAUUGAUUUGACGAAUGAUAAUGUUGUUGUGGGGGCUGAGAUUGUUGAAAAGAGAGCAAGGGUUAUGGAUUGUCAAAUAUUAGCAAUGUGGCCAAUACCACAAAGCUGGUCGAAAGGAAGCGAAACAUUGAGAGUAUUUCCAAGUCUUAAUAUAAAUUGUGCAAAUAUUGAAACUUCCGAAGAAUUAACUCAACAAAUUUUUGAGGGAGCAAAAAAUCGGGUUAAAGAAUUUUUGGUCGAUGAAAAUUAUGUUUCACCAAAUGUUCAUUUUGAAACCCCCGAGAAUUCAGUGACGUUACAUUCUUUGACCAUCGAGGUCACAGGUGAUAAAUCAUCAAAAUUGGAUUUUGGUAUUGAUGAAUCUUAUGAAUUAAUGAUUCCUUAUGAGAAAGAUAAACCUUUGAUCGCUCAUCUUAAAGCUCCAACAAUAUUUGGAAUUUUACAUGGUCUUAAUACAUUUACACAAUUAAUUUAUUUUAAUAAAGAGAAAAAAGAUUUGUUUUUACCUUUUGCUCCUCAUUAUAUUAGUGAUUACCCUAAAUUUUCUCAUCGUGGUCUGUUAUUGGAUACCGCACGAAAUUAUUAUCCUGUUAAUGAUCUAUUAAAAAUGUUGGAUGUUAUGAGUUGGAAUAAGUUUAACGUAUUUCAUUGGCACAUUGUCGAUGCAAAUAGCUGGCCCGUUAAAAGCGAAGUUUAUCCGGAAUUAA